AGGCAUCGCUGGCGCAAUUCCAAAAACCUUAAGCUGUUUUGUUUAUUUGGCCAACACUUUUCCUUCUGGUAUUCUGAUUAGUGUUUUAAUUUGAUUCGCUCAACCUCGUACCGCGAUAGAAUUAAGGGACGACGAAGCGUCGAGAGCCGUACGAUUGAGGUUCUCUCUACUUUUUUUUAAAAUCUGAUUUAGGCUGUUAGCGGCUGAUAAUCCUUAUGAUAAUCUGAUAAUUUCGUUUCCUUUUACUCUGUUACUGUACUGUCCAUAGUCAAAAACAGAGAGGAAAACCUGGGUUUUCGAUAAGGUCUGUUGAAGUGAUAGGAAUGCUUUAGGGUUCGGUUUUUCUGGUUAUUGACCAUAUUGGGUCUAGGUUCUUCAUUCAGAGUCUUCACGUUUUGUACUUUCUUGUUGAAAAGGGUAGAAUUGUCAUAUUAGAUAUGUGGAGGUCUUGGUCUUCUUAGUUUGUUCUUGUUGGGUUUUGAAGAACUUUAGAAGCAGCCCUUCUAUUGAUAUUGAAAUAUUAAGGGGGGGGGGGGAAAUAUAUAGUCAGGUCCUUUGAAUUGCAGAAGCGCUAGUUUAGAGAGUUACCGUUUUUGAGAAGGAUUUUCGAAAAAUCUUCAAGUAUAUGUUAUUGCUCAGGAAUGCCAUGAUUCUAGUUUCUUUGAAUUGUUAAUUUGAUUGGCUGGUUUGAUUCCAGUUUCACUAUAAUUACCUUAGUUACAGUGCAAAGAAAAGAAUUGGGAAAUUGGGAAAUUUUGGAUUUUGGUUUCAGUAGUUAGAAACUUUAGGUUCAUUCAUGUUAAGUAAGGCAUUUAAUAAGUGAAACUGGAUUUAAGGGAACAUAACAAUUUUGGGAACUGAGAAGUUAUUCUAGAAAAAGGGAAACAAAAUUUGGAAAUUCUUUCUUUCUUUAUGAUCAUGCUUAGCAAGAAUUAUGGAAAAAAGUGAGCCCUCAUUGAUACCGGAAUGGUUGAAGAGCGGUGGAAGUCUUACUGGUAGUGGCAAUUCAAUUCACCAAUUUACAUUAUCAUCUUCACAUUCAGACAGUCGUUUUGCAUUGAGGCAUGCCAGAAAUAAGUUGUCUGUUGAUAGUGAUGGUGAUAUAGGCCGGACAUCUGUUUUGGAUAGGGACUCUUCUGCCUACUUUAGGAGGAGUUAUAGUAGCAAAGGUUCUUCUGACUCAUGGUCUUAUAGCAAUUUUGCUAAAGGCAACUGGGAAAGGGAUUGGGAAAAGGUUUACCAUGAUAGGAAGAAUGCUGUUCUCAGUGGCCAUAGGAACCGAAACUAUUCUGAUUCUCUGGAUAACUUGCUGCCAAGCAUAUCUGAGAAGUAUGUCUUACAGCGUUCACAGUCUAUGAUAACCGGCAAGCGUAGUGACACAUGGCCAAGAAAAGUGACAAAUGAAUCUUGUAACAACAGCAAAAGCCAUCAUAGCAGUGGUAAUGGUAAGCUUAGCACAGCUUUCCGUGAUAAAUCUGCAUUUGAGUGUGAUUUUCAUUCGCUUGGUGCUGAAGAAAGACUGGUAGGGUCUGAAAUAGGAAGGGUUUCAUCUCCUGGCUUGAUUAACAAAUCUGCUUUUGAACGUGAUUUUCCUUCACUGGGUGCUGAAGAAAGACAGUUUAGGUCUGAAUUAGGAAGAGUUUCAUCUCCUGGCUUGAAUAAUCUUGUGCAGAGCUUGCCAUUGGGGACCUCACCUGGCACUGGCAGUGAUGGUAGAGCAUCAGCUCUAGCAGACAUUCCUGUGGGCUUGGGAAGCAAUGGCAGAGGUGUGGCAGUAGCUUCACCAAAUGUUUGUGCAGGCUCGACUCCAACUACGACGAUGGGUCUUAAUAUGGCUGAAGCAGUGGCCCAGGGGCCUUCUCGUUCUCAUACACCUCCAUUGUUAAAUGUUGAAACUCAAAGGCUUGAAGAGCUGGCUAUCAAACAAUCAAGGCAACUAAUUCCCUUGUUGACAAUAUCGACACCUAAAACUAUAGUGGCCUGCCCUUCAGAGAAAUCGAAACCUAAAGUUGGACAGCAGCUGCAUCCUUCAGUCUCUGUUAACUCCACACAUGGUGGAACUUCAAGAUCUGAUGGCAUUAUAGUUUCUAAUGAGAGCAGGCUUUGCAUACUCAAACCAUCACGAGAACCGAACGGUGGCUCCAUAGUAGCCACUAAGGAUAACUUGAGUCCUACUAAUGGAAGCAACAAAAUUGUGAGUAGUCCACUAAGCUUCACUCCUUCAGCUGCUGCAUCUUCUCCCUUUAGGAGUUCAGGCAACAGCCCCAGGUCUGCCCCUGCUGUGCGUAAUCAGACUCAAUUGUGGUUAACCAUGGAGAAGAGAGCAACUUCUCAAGCCCAGAGUAGGAAUGACUUCUUCAACCUUCUAAAGAAGAAAUCUAUUACGGACUCUGCUUCUUCUGCCCUUGAUCCCGGCCCUGCUGUGUCACAACCCGUCUCUGAGAAGCCUGAUGAACUUGACCCUGAUGAUUCCAGCUCUGCUGUUACUCUGAAGGAUGCAGGUGAUCUAGCACAAGAAAUCUCAAUUGCUGACUUGCCAACUGACAAUAGGAGUGAAAUGGCCCUGAAUGGAGAUGCUUAUACCAAGUCUCAGCACUGUUCUAGCAAUGGAGAUGUGCAUUCAAGGCCUGAUGUUUUCCUUUAUCCUGAUGAGGAAGAGGCUGCUUUUUUACGUUCCCUUGGUUGGGAAGAGAAUGUUGGAGAUGAUAAUGGUCUUACAGAAGAGGAGAUUAAUGCCUUUCUCGAGCAGUACUCGAAACUGAAACCGUCUGCAAAACUUUUUCAACGAAUGCAGUCAUCAAACCCAUUAAACUCUCAUAAUGGGCCUCAUGGUGACACCACAUCUGGAUUGAGCUCAAUGGAUUCCAAAGGAGAAGCUUUGACUCGUCGAAGUUCUAAUUGACUUGGUAAAAUUCGAAUACGUUGAAUUGGCUGCUCACUUUUUUACCCUCUUUUUCUAUUAUUAAUAUGAGGAUGAAAAUACAAGGAAUCUGGGUUUAAAAGAAAGGAGAGGAUACAACGUGUCUGUUGCUGUUUGUGAUAGUGGAUUGGAACGUAGAGCAUUGAUGAGUUCUACCUGGUUUUUUAGCAUAGGAUUUCUAAGAUAUAUAAAGGCAAGGCUGAGAGAGAGUAGGAUAGUUUUAUGCAAUGUAAGAACUUAUUGCGGGGUAAAUAGCUUUUACUGUCUCUGGUUUUUAACUUGUGGUUGAUGGGGACACAAUUCAACAAAUAGCUUAUGGUUUAUAUUU